AUGCAUUCAUCCGAUCGUGCUGCCACCCUCAUCCGGAAUCCGAUGGUACGUCCCAGGCUCCCCCUGCGGCUGAGUGCGGUGGUAGGCUCCGGCGGUAGCAGAGUCCCGUCCGGUCCCGCCCCGCCUCCCUCCGCCUUGUCAUUGAUGUUGUUGUUUUUGUCGCAGGAGCCGGAGGGAAGGCCGGGGCCGGGGCCGGGCUUUGGGCUGCGGCCGCCGGCGGCUGGGCCGGCGAUGUCGUCGGUGUGCGGGGGGUCGGUGGGCGCCGGCUCCUUGCCCAGCGAGUUGGUGGUUCACAUCUUCUCGUUCCUGGCGGCCCCUGACCGACUUCGGGCCUCAGCCGCCUGCUCGCACUGGCGCGAGUGCCUCUUCUACCCGGCGCUGUGGCCCCGGCUGCGCCUCAGCUUGCGCGUCUGCCCGGCGGAGCGCCCGCGCCUUGACUUCUUGAUGCGCAAGUGCGGCUGGUUCGUGCGCGAACUCCGCGUCCAAUUCGCCGCCGACAACUAUCCCAGCGGCGGAGGCGGGGGCGGAAGCGCGAGCGGGGUCUGCGAAGAAACGGCGGCGGUAACGGCGGCGGUAGCCGAGGGGGAAGCGCCGCUCUGCCCUCGCUGGCUGGAGCUGUUGAGGACAUACCUGGAGCUCGUGCUCUGCGUAUUGAGCAGCGUCCGCAACAACAGGAAUCUUCAGAAAUUAAGUCUCUUUGGUGAUAUAAGCAUUCUGCAACAACAUGGAAUUAUAUCAAAUACAUACCUCAGCAAAGUAGAUCCAGAUGGCAAAAAGAUUAAGCAAAUACAGCAGUUAUUUGAAGAAAUUUUGGGAAACAGCAGGCAACUGAAAUGGUUGUCAUGUGGGUUUAUGCUACAAAUUGUAACGCCCACAUCAUUGUCAUCUCUCUCAAAUUCCAUUGCCAGCACCAUGGAGCACCUGAGCCUACUGGAUAACCACAUUCCGGGUAAUACCACUCUUAUCACAGCAAUUGAAAUGGAGCGCUUUAUCAAUCUACGCUCGCUUGCCUUGGAUUUCUGUGAUUUUACAGGAGAAAUGGCGAGAGUUUUGGCUGACAAUAACCAUGUGCCUUUGCAUCGACUAUCUCUUCUGGUCCACAAUAUUUCUGUAAUGCACAAAUCCUUGGAGAAUAUGCCAGAAGAUGAAGAUUGGAAAGCCCUGACACGCAACAGCACUAAUCUUCGGGUCUAUAUAAUAGCUUUUGAUAUCAAGAGUGAUGACAUGUUAAGAAUUCUUAAACCUAGUAUCCCACUGGAAAGGAUUCACUUUGACAGUUACAUUACUUGCGUUUCAGGAGCUGUCGUUGAUCUCAUAUCUAGGCAGUAUGAUAAGUUCCUCACUCACUUCAUAUUAAUGAAUGAUGUGAUAGAUAUGUCUGGCUUCCCAGAUCUCAGUGACAACCGGACCGAAGAUCCAUUGGUUUUAUUGGCGUGGAGGUGCACAAGGCUAUCCCUUCUGGCAGUGCAUGGUUAUACUGUUUGGGCUCACAACCUGAUUGCCAUUGCUCGUCUUCGUGGCUCUGAUUUGAAAGUGCUUGAAGUCACAGAAGAAAGCAUUGAUUUUGACAAUGGUGAACUGGCUGAUCAGGAUGUAGAUCCAGUGCAUAAUCUCAUUGAGCAGGUAUCCCUUGGAUUGGGUCGACCCUGGCAUGCAGUCAUGGACAUAGAAUUGCUCAGUGUGUUUACUGAGCCAACUCGUCAUUUUUACAGAGAAAUGCAAAGCUUCAGUGAAGGCAUUUAGUUCUCUUUAUUUACAGUUCCUGUGGUUACAUAUGCAAGUAGGGUCCUAUUAUGUUUUUCAGUAGUGUGAAUUAACCCCUCUUGUGCUGUGUUUAAUCAGUAUUAGCUAUAUAGAAUUAUAUAUGUAUAUGCUACUUCUUGAUCAAAGAACGUAGUCGGGUAUUGUUUAGAAGCUGAAAGUGGCAAUGUUUAGGGCUUUCACGGUUAAUGGACUUGUCUACAAAACAAAACAAAACUCAGAUGAGGCUGAAGGUUAUCGUGAGAUUGCCAGCUAACUUUCUUUUUGUACUGAGUAAGUCUGCAACUUCACUGAUUUUACUAUUGUCAGAGUUUUUUGUGCUCAGAAGCCAAAAAUCUUUUUACUAUUCAUAGCCCGGUGAAUGCAGUCAUUGUCAUGUAAAUUGGUAGCAUGCUACUUAAGCUUUUUU